GUUGGUUCCUCUUGAUGUCCAGUUUGUGUUCGGGAUUCCUCAUAAUCCAGUGAGCUCUCAGCAUUUCACCCCCUCUGACCAGCGCCUCUCUCUGGCCAUGAUGACCUACAUCUCAAGCUUCGUUCGCACCGGGAACCCAAAUCCUUCUCGUUUGUGGGCGGAGUCAGUUUUACCACACUGGCAGCCUGUCCUGUCCUCUGAGACCCCUCCCACCUACCUGCAGCUAAGCCCCACCCUCCUCCACCAGCAGGGUCUGAGUGAGAGUGCCUGCUCCUUCUGGAGGCAACUGGGAACCAAACUGAGCAAGCUGGCAGGUGAGUGAGUCAAGUCCACUCUACUGGACUCAACUGUUCUACUCUGUCUACUCCACUUCAGUCUACCAGUUCACUUGACUGUGCUUCAGACCACUUCAAGGAUAAGCUCACUUUAUUUUAAUCUGCAUUUCCCGUAUCACCUUCUCUGUGGUACACAUUCAGGGAACAAGAAGUUGUUACCGGGGCAAGGGUUUAGCCUCUGAAAGAGUUCAGAAUAAAUGUAAUGUCAGUCAAAUGGUUUGUCGUGCUUCUCUGAGUCAAAGAUUAGGCUUGGGCUGCAGGCUGAGGCUACCUACCCAGGCCUAAUCUUUGCUUUCCUUCUGACUCAGAGAAGCAUGACAUUACAUUUAUUCUGAACUCUCUC